UAAAUUUCGAACAUGGAACAAGAUGGCUACUUUGUCAGUUGGUUCUGGCGCGUGCCUUGGCGUCCCCGCGCUUUACAGGCUCGAGGCUCGAAACUCUGCGAGGCUAAGUCGAUAUUAAUUAAAAAUGACCACUCAAAUUGAUGAUGAGCAAAUAACAAUGCUCCGGCGGGCAUUCAGCAUGUUCGACUCGAGCAAGCAGGGCCGCAUAGAGAAGGAGAAGGUGAGGACCAUCCUCAACACCAUGGUGCACAGCUACGAUGACAACGAGCUGGACCAGAUCCUGGACAACGAGGAUGUUGACGGUUCAGGAAAGCUAAACUUCGAUUCGUUUGUGCGGGUAGCAACACAUUUUCUCAACGAAGACGACGAGGCUCUGCAGAAGGAACUCAAGGAGGCUUUCAGACUCUACGACAAAGAAGGUAACGGCUACAUUCCCACCUCGAGCCUGCGCGAGAUCCUCGCUGCGCUAGACGACCAGCUGACGCCGGACCAACUCAAUGAAAUGAUUGCCGAGAUCGACACUGAUGCUUCAGGCACCGUUGACUUCGAUGAGUUUAUGGAGAUGAUGACUGGCGAUUAAGUAGGAGUAAAUACAAACGAUGACGUCACGGCGUGGUCUAGUCACAAUAAAUGAUAAUUAAAUUCUCAGAAUAAAAUAUUUAUUUAUUUCAAUUAA